AUGAUGGAAUGGAUCCACCUUGGUGAUAGUACAUGGUGGAUCUCCAUGAGAGGUUUUAUUCACCCUCACGGGGCCUCCUCUCACUCCCCCACCUUCCAAACACCCUUCACCUGCUCAUACCCUAGAGCGCCGCUCACCGCGCCACCCCCCUUAGUGAGAGUUGGCCAGUCUGCAACAAGUGACCCACUACAGUUGCUGUGCAGUUCUGACCAUGGCGCUGGGCAAAGAGAGAGGGACAAGCCCCGGGCAGUGAGACAGCUAGAGGAUGAGCUGCGGUCGGCCUUACGCCGCAGCUUGUGUUUCUCAGAGACAAUGUCUCCACCUGCUGGAAUGGGUCUCGACGUACACUCUGCAGAGGGUGGCGCCGCAUUGGCAGAGGCCCUUAGACGACUUGCGGAGGUGACGCGUCCCUGUGGUGACCUGGUUGCCCUCAUCAGCCAUGGUUACGACCACGUACAGAAUCAUUUAGACGCCACAGUCAGACGCCUUCAUGCUGCUGAGACGCUGCUCGGACAGACAGAUGCCACUCAGAGGGAUAAGGAAGCCACUCGCCGGAUGGACAUCGAGGCUGUUAAUGCAAACCUAACGCAGCGCCUGGAGGAGAGCGAAGCAAGGAGCUGCGCUCUUGUCUGUGAGAUUCAGCAGCUUGAACUCUUUCCCUCACUGACCACUAACUCUAAGGACAUUGUUGCGGGACUCCGAAUACAGGCGCAGGUCGACGCGGGAGCCCUCAGGAAGAAAAUAGCAUCGUACAUGGGGGAGGGAGACUUCGUGGAUCCAAAACUGCUCCAGAUUGCCCUGAAAAAGUGCAGCUCUUGGUCUUAUGGUGUGCCAUCACUGACCACCAGAGGACCUGAGCAGCAAGACGCGGCUGCUGCAGAGAUGGAGAGGCAGUACAGGGAGGUGGUGCCGCGCGCUGACUUUGACCGCCUGCAGCGUCGCCUCGCUUCCCUCACCAACACACACAGGCAGCUCUCUCACGUGCACGAGCUUCUCAAGGACCAGCACGAGACCAUCGUCAGGUCACAAGAGGAAAUCCUGGAGGAGAGAGACAGACUUAGUGAAGAGAACCACAGACUGCGACGCUCCGCCACACCGAGGCCAGACUGGAAUAGGGUGGCGGAGUACGUGGAGGGCGGCAUCGGUCGGUGGCGUGAGGUGUCCAAUGGUAGAAGUAGCGACCAGCUCGUGGACGUCCUCGUGUCGGAGCUCACUGGAUCACAGUUGCCUUCCUCCAACGAAUUCAUUGACUGCAAGGGCACGGAGGAAGGGGUUCCGGCGUACCUGCGUUACGAGGGAAGCGUGAGGAACAGACGGUUAGGCAAGAGGGACCUGACACUGCUCAUUGAUGACAUCUGGCGGGAGAAGCGGCGGCAGGGCGAUCACGAGUCCAUGGACCAGUUCGUCGAUAUGUAUUUCAAGGAGAGAUACCACUUGGAGGAGGUGCGGGCAGAGUGGUGCUACUCCUUGGCCGAUGCUUGCCAACGGCUGGCUCAUGACGAGCAGGUGGGACUGUUCUGGGGCAUCUUGUGUGGCCAGGUGCAGGAGCAAGUGUAUCAUCACCAGGUGGACAGCGUGUUGGCCCUGCAUGCUGCUGUUAAGCUCGCCGAUCCCCUCGACAAGGGACUGGUGCCUCGCGCGGCGCUGGAGGAGGCCCUACGCGCUGUGUUUCCUCUCAAACCCGAGGAAAAAGUUAAAAUACUGAUGGAGAUCGCGGGUCGCGCAGCCUCCGCUAAAGAUCCAAACCUCAUCAAGUACAACAAUCUCUUCCAACAGGAUGGCAUGGUACAGGGUGAGUGUGCAGGGACGCGUACACCACUGGGGACGGAGGUGGUGCAGCAGGCGAGGGACGAGCAGGACGCCUACAUUCAGGAACUACUGCAGGAGGUGGGCUACGGCGCUGUAGACGUGACGGUGAGGGAGCUGAGCCGUGCCUUCACCAUCAUCGAUCCAAGGAUAGAGCAGAAAGAUCUGGACGCCUACCUAGAGUGGGUCUUCAACGUGUCCAAGGAGAACCUCAAGACGUGCCCGCCUGUGCCGCUGCCUCUGCUCGCAGCCAGGCUGCAGACAGGACACAUCGUCAGGAUCGGCGCUCGGUCAUGAAAUGUUACGGCCAAGAGGAAGAAACAAAGGUGUUGUUAAA